AGGGAACACUACGAGAACACUGCCUUGGAUAUGCAUGUUUGCUUUUAAAACGAGGAACCACAUUACAAGGUACAAGCUAAAGAAAAAUGUGGAGAAACUUGAAAAAGCAGUACAAGAAUCAGAGUGUUCCACGAAUACCCCGCAUUCAAGUCCCCGCAGCGGCUGCUGACAAUUCAUUACUGAAGGACCUAAAUCAAGGCCAACAGCGUUACUUGUACAGCAUCAUGAGGAUUUAUGACUCCAGGCCCCAGUGGAAGGCCCUGCAGACCCGCUACAUUCACAGCCUUGGAUACCAACAGCAUCUGGGUUAUAUCACUCAACAGGAGGCCUUGUCUUGUGCUGCUGUACUUAGACAUUCAACCAUGCAAGCCUCAGCUUUGGUCGCUUCUCAAAGGACUAUUCUCCCCAAAGUCUUCAGCUGUGCAAGGAAGUGUCAACCAGCAAAACCAGGGUUUAGAGUUGGAUCCAGAGCCGGGCACAUCAUGCUGCACAUCAAGACCCUAGACAAUGUGUAG